AGGGAAAGGCAUAGAAAAAAUACGAUCGGAAAGCUUUCGAGCUUUAUCAGACGAUGGCCAAGUCAAAACCAUGAUUCGGGAACUACGACAUCUAAUCUUCACAAAAGAGAGAUUCGACCCCCUCCACCUAAAGAUUAUCCCGAGACGUCCUCUGUUCGUAAGGGAAGCGUAUCAAAAAAGAGAGAUGCGGAGAUGAAAUUUCUUCGCGCAAUUAUUAGAGAGUUUAAGAAAAAACAACAUGCUCCAUAUGCUUAUCCGUUUUACGAACCAGUUGACCGGCACAAAGCAGUUGAAGAAUUUAAUGAUACUCACAACGACAGGCUGAAGGAAGUUGUUAAAGGUCAACC